AUGGAGAAUGAAUGGUUAGGAAGUCGGGAAAGUCGUAAGCGAUCUCUUGCAGAGAUGUCCCAAUCACAUCCAAGAAUUUCAUCGUCGCCAGAAUUGUUUCGAGAAAGUACCUCAAACUUGGGUAACUCCUCUUCAAGAAUUGCACCACCUAAUGUCGCCACAUCUCCUCUCCGAGAACGACAAAGACGACGAUCACCAAACCCCAAUAAUAAUUCUGGACAAUCUAGUCUGCGCAGUCGGCGUGCAGGUGGGCAUACACAACCAGCAGGGGAAGCCGGAACAAUGGAAGCAUCAUCUCGGCGCCACCGCCCGGUAGUAAACUCAGAAAAUGUUAUUGAUUUAACAUCCGAUCAAGAUGACGAUCCUUCACCCCAAGUUCGAAUUAAUCCUGCAGCUGUUCGUAGGGCAGCCAACAGUCGAAGACACAACACACCUUCACCCUCACCCUCAGGUUCGCCUUUUCCUGCAGGCCGUAUGUCAGCUCAUAAUCGGAAUCCUACUGCCUCGAGACCACCACCGAGAUUAGGGAGAAGUGAAGCAAGAUUAGAGCAGUUUGUGGAUCUCACAGGAGAUGACGACGAUGAGGAGGACGACACUAUUAUCAUAACUCAUUCGCGAGAACGUUCUGUACCUCUACCUCCCCGUGCCCCACCAUUACCACCAAUGCAUGCUAGACUUGGAGUGUUCGAACGUUUGCAGAGACAGAGGAAUGGAAGAGCUACCCCGCCUGGAUUUGUAGCCGGACAUUUCGGUGGCAAUCCAAUGAGUCCACAAAGACCAACGCCAGCAGGUGCCAACGGUGAACUUGCGUUUGGUGGAUUGAGAAAUAUGUACGACAACGGUGCGGGUAUUAUUAUGGACGUCCAUAAUUUUUUGGGUUUUGGGGGUCGAGAUGUAGGAGUUCAUUUAUUUGCAGAUUUUCCAGCUAUGCCCAACGGUAUGGAUUAUGGAAGAGUGGCUCUACAAGAGAACAAACCCGAACAUGUUGCGCCUCCAGCAGUUCCCGCUGGAUUUACGAGGUCGCCCACGGAGAGUGAUACUGCGAUUUGCCCGAGUUGCGAAGAAGAAUUGAUUCAUAGAAAGGACGGUGAGGAGCCAGUAGCAAAGAAAUCUCGUGGGGCACCGAGUAAAAAGGAUAGAGAAGAACAUCCUUUCUGGGUCGUUAAGGAUUGUGGUCAUGUCUUCUGCAAUAAGUGUUUUCAAAACCGUACAAACGACAAAAUAUCCUCCUUCCGCGGAGCCAAGACAGUUCUUUGCGCAGUUGAUGAAUGCGAAUCGAUUGUUAAAAACAAGGAUAGAUGGGUGGGCAUUUUCUUGUAA